AUGCAGAAAGUAAAUACAGAACAAAAAGAAAAGCCAGACACAUGCAGACAAAAUAGAAACACGCAGCAAUACACAUGCAGAAGCACAGAAGGUAGAAGGAACACACACAGAAAAAAAAGAGACGAUGUACACAGAAAAUGCACAGAAAGGAAACAGAAAAGUGCACGCAAACACAAAGGAGACAGAGCAGUGAGCACACACGUAAACACAGUAGCAGAAAAAACAAGAUACACAGCUACGCAUGCACAGGAAAAACGGCAAAAAAACAGAGCAGAGAAAGAGCAGCAGAAAAGGAGAGAAAGAGGAAGCCGAGAGGGAAAGACUGAGAAGCAAGAAAAGAAGAAAAAAAACCUGAGGACGGUGACUGAGAAGAGAGGACCGAAGAACGUGAUAACAGAGAAAGAGAGACCGAAAGUCGUGAGAAAGAGGCUGAGGAGGAAGGAACUGACUUGCUGGAAAAAAGAUAGAAGAAACCAGGACAGAAAUGCAGAAAACAGAGCACGAAAGAACAUAAGAGGAGAGGAAAAGGAGACCGAGGAGAGUUCAAAAAAUAGAGACAAGAGAGGAGGUGACGGUGGAGCUUCUUUUUUUCUGGAAAAGCUAAGAGGGAGAAGGAGCUAUUCUGGCUGGAGGAAACCGAGAAGGAGAGGACCGAAGGACGUGAAACAGGGACUGAAAGAGAAGGAGCCAUUCUGGCAAGCUGAGGAGACGGACGGAGAAGAGAGAGAGCUCGAAAAAACAGAGACUGUCAUCCAUAAGCAGAAAAAAUAG